UUUCUUUCACCAGCUGAGCGUGUUCACAUGCUGCAUAUCCAGAGCUCAGCCCGCUCUGUGAGGAGAAGAUCUCCGAGCUCAGAUGAUGGACGUCUACCAGGAGGCUGUGCAGUAUCUGGAGUCACAGCAAGUGCCAGUUGUAGUUGAAGCAGAGACUGAUGCCCUGGAGGAGGACGUGUUCCAGGAGGAGGGACUCUCAUGUUUUCUCUCUCCUCUCCACCCGGAGAGCUUAGACUUCCCCGACACUCCUACUUUGUGCAGCCCGGAGGAAAUGUUGGAGAGGAGGCUCGUGGUCCUGAAAGGCAUCCUGGAGAGUGAGGAGGUUUAUCUCCGAGAACUCGAGGCCCUGCUGAUGCCCAUGAAGGCUCUGCGGGCCUCAGCCGGGACUUCCCAGCCGGUUCUGUCCAGCCGACAGGUCCAAACUGUUUUCUACCAGGUGCCUGAGCUCAGAGACAUGCACCAGAGCUUCUACUCUGGCCUGAAGGCCCGCCUGAGCGCACACUGCCAGGCCGAGUCCUGCCCAGGUGAGAAGAGAGAGGUGAACCACAAAGGCUUUGAGCUGAUGGUGGGAGACCUGUUCCUGAAAAUGGUGAACCAGAUCGGUCUGUAUGGCGGUUUCAUUGCAAACUACGAGGAAGCUGUUGAAGUUGUUCGCAAGUGCACACAGUCUGACCCUCGCUUCCGAACCCUGGCCGAGAGCAUGAUGUCUAACAAUAACGGCUCAGACAAGACUCCGACCAGAUACACUUUUGAAGCUCUUCUGUACAGGCCUCUGGACAGAGUAACCAAGACCACACUAGUGCUGCGUGACGUCCUGAAGACGACACCAGUGGAGCAUGGAGAUUACGCAUCCUUACAGGAAGCUCUGAGAUUGUCUCGCAGCUUCCUGUCAGGUAUCAACGAGAGUUCACACUGCAAACGAGGAGUCAUGCUCAGUCACGGCAUGAGGCGAAAGCUGAUGCGUGACGACUUUGUUGUGGAUGUGAGCGAUGGGGAACGCACCCUGCGUCAUCUCUUCCUUUACACUGAUCUGUUGCUGUGCACCAGAUUCAAACAUGCAAGCAAAGGGAAGCAGGACCAGUACAGGUUCUGCUGGUAUCUGCCUCUCGCCGGUCUCAAACUUCGCUGGACUGCAGAGCAGGAACGUCCAUCAGACACACAACUUCGCGUACACGCCAUACGAACCAAGAUGUACCUCCUCAGGCAACAGCUGCGGCAACACAAAGCAAAGAGGUCCAGGGCCAUGGCUUGGGUAGCUCGUAGCAGGAAGAAGCUGGAGCAAAUGGAGCUGAUGCUGCUCACACACUCCCCUGUUUACAGAUUGGAGCUGCACAGCCCCAGUGGCAAGAGUCACACUCUCCUCCUCUCCUCGCUGUAUGAGCUUGAAGAAUGGAAGGAAGCCAUUGAUAAACUCUCCGCUGACAACACAGAAACUGUCCCUCCAGACCUGCUCACUCUCACCAGUGCUUGUGUGAAACUGAGAAUGACCCAGCAGCCGCCGCUGCAGAGCUCGAAUGCUGGAGAGGACGAGAAGUCUUUGUGUGGGACUCUUGGUGUGGCCAUCCACUCAGCAAGUGGCCUGCAGCAACCAGCCUGUGUGUAUGUGUGUGUAGAAGUGGAUGGCUAUGAGUUUUAUGACAAACAAGCCCAGACACACUCUUCAGUCUGCAGCCUAAACCCACACUGGGACCAGGAGCUGUCUUUCCAGGUGGACGGGGCACAGCAGAUGAAGGUGCUCUGUGUGAGUCAGUCUGACGGACGGGAUGAUGCUGUCCUGGGCAAAGCUUCCGUUCAGUUGGAAUCUAAAAGCCUGAAUAAGCGAUGGAGGAAACAGACAGUACAUCUUGGCCAGGUGGAGGUGACUCUCUCCCUGAAGUACUGUCCCCACCCUCUGGAGCCGCCCGGCUCUACAGCUCAGCAACAGCCUGUCUUCUGUGUCCCCAUUCAAACCGUGGCUCAACAGGAGGGAGUGCUGGUCCCCCACGUGGUACGCUGCUGCGUGGAGGAGGUGGAGAGGAGAGGCAUGGACGAGGUGGGAAUCUACCGGGUUUCAGGAAGCACCAGCGACAUCAGUGCGCUGAAGACUGCGUUCAAUAGCAAUCUGCGUGAAGCAGUAACCAGGCUGAGAAGUGCCGAGGUGAACGUCGUCUCUGGGGUCCUCAAACUGUACUUCAGAGAGCUGCCGGAGCCUCUUAUACCCUCUGAGCUGUUUCAGAGCCUGGCCAGGACUCUGGACAUGCAGGAUGUAACCUCCCGGUUUGUCUCCAUGUUGUCCCUGCUGCACUCCUGUCCUGAUCCCAACCGCCACACCUUCCUGUACCUCCUGCACCACCUGCAACGAGUCUCAGAGAAGCAAGACGUCAACAAGAUGUCUCCACUAAACCUGGCCACAGUGUUCGGUCCCAGCCUCUUACGCCCCCCUGUGGUCGGCCUGGGGCAGGACGGCCCCACUGUGGAUAUCUCCCAGGAGGUGGUGGUGCAGGUCCAAGUGCUUUUCUGGUACCUGCAGUGUAACUGCCUCCCUGAAGCUCAGACCUCUUUGCAACAUGACACAGACGCUGAAGAUGAGACCACCCACAUGUGAGACCACCAUCAGUGUCACGGCUGGCAGAAAGUCAAAUACUGUGUGUAAAAAAACAAAAAACAAAAAAAAAACAAAAAAAAAACAAAAACAAACUGUACAACAAAGGUAUUUAUUGAUUAAAAACAUGGACUUGUCAUUGGGUUUUUUUGUGUAUUUCUUGCAACCUCUGAAAGUCCACUUGUAACAUUUUCUUUUUCAAUUAAAGUUGAAAUCUUCACA